AUGCGACGAAAAAAUGCAAAAAUGUCGACAGCAUCAACAAUAUCAUCAACAACACUUGCAAGCAUUAAUAUAGAUGAGGAUGUUCUACAACAACAAAAUCAACUUUCAACAGAAACAACAUCAACAACAAAUGGAAUAAAUACAAACGAUAUCCUUUUACAAAUAGGGGCUGAUGGAGAGCAACAAAAGUUUGAGUUAAAUGAGGAAGAUCUUGAUGAUAAUACAAAUAAAGAACAAAGGCAGAAAAAGACGCUUCAAAUAAUUAAUGCAGCAAUAGAGCAACGAAAUUCAAAAAUAUGCAGACCAAGAUUUUUUGCACGACCAAAACCUCAUAAACAAGUUGCGGAAGGAAAGAGUUUAAGACUGAAAGCAGCAAUUAGUGCAAAUCCUUUACCCCAAGUUUAUUGGGAUAGAAAUGGUAUUAGACUCGAAACAGGAAGCAAAUAUUCUAUUUUUCAGGACGGGCAAGUUCUUUUUGCUGUUUCCCUAAAUUCCAAAAUUUUCAGCGAUUUUUUUCUUUUGGAAGUCCAUUCAUUAUCAAUCUUUGAUAGUGGUUUAUACAAUUGUACAGCAAAAAAUACAGAGGGUGUAGCCUUCUGUUCAGCAAAUGUGCAAGUUGUUGAACUUGCUACACCAAAAUCUAGCACUGAAAGUUUAAUUAAAACUGAAUCGCCUAUUAAUCAAAGAAUGAAACGCCAAAAAUCGCGUUCUGAGCAAAUGGCACCGGAAAUUAUUGAAGCUUUACCUAGUGAAGCUAAAGCAAUUUCUGGCGAUCAAUUUAUUGCGGAAUGUCGAGUAUUAGGUCCGUUAGAAUGA